AUGAAACCAGAACCAUCGUCCGGCGAAGACGAACAAGAUGGAAUUGUUACCGGCGAUGUUAUUGGAGAUACAGCUUACAGUGAACGAUUUGUGUUGAGAUUAUUGCUGAAAUUUGCUAAUUUAGACACUCUAUCUGAGGAAUUAAAAGAAAAAACGUUCGAAGGAGAUCUUUGUACACUCUGGGAUAUGACUGCUGAACGAGAUGUGGUGUUAUUUCUUCAAAAACACGAUACACUGAAGCUAAUAAAUUUUUCUUGGCCUAUCAUCGAGUCCCCGCGUAUUAUAGAAAUUCUUAUCGGCAUUAUUGGAAACAUGUGUUGUCAGAAAGAAGUAACUGAAAAGCUUUUGGAAAUGAAUACAUUUGUAAAGUCUCUGCUGUUGUAUAUACAAUCGGACGAUAGCUUAAUAAUUAUACAGUUACUUCGUCUUAUCAAUUCAAGUUUGUUCUUAGCACAAGACAAUUUUAUAUCAACAUGGAUGGAACUAUUUAUAAGUUCAGGUUAUGCUAACAAUCUGUAUUAUAUACUUAAGAAUUCAUCUAAUAAAGAACUUUUAGUGACAGGUUUGGAAAAUUUUAACACAAUAUGUUCUUAUUGUAACACUGAAAGACAUAGGACACAGUUCUUUGGUCACUUUGUUAAUUCUGUUGCAAUGGAAUCUUUAUCAACAGCAUUCAUAGAGGUUGUUGUAAAUCAAAAGGACUCUUGUGAGAGAGAUGAAUUAGAAAGAAUAUUAUUGAUUAGUUUACAGAUUUUGUUAAAUUUAGUAGGCUUUGAUAAAUCAUGCGAAAUGUACAAUGAGAAUAGAGAAGAUGUUAUAAAGAUGAUAUCCAUCGUACUAUCAUAUUAUGAAGAGAAAUUAAACAAUAAAGAGAUUGAUUUGGAUCUUGUUGAUAUAAUUGAAUCCACAACGACGAUAGUAAGAGCGCUUGAUAUAGCUGAGGUUUGUAGUCACAAACAAUAUUUCCGUCCCAGUUAUAGCAUGUGGAAGACAUUGAGUGAAAUUGCAAUCUUUGAUAAAAAUGGCGGAGCCAGCUUUGAAAGUGAAGAUAAGGAAGAAUUACAGGUCUUUUCCAAAAAAUUUAAAGCCUGUUUGAGUACACUCAUUUUUACAUAUAUGGAAAAAUCAACAAUUGACAACUUACUGAAAGUUUUAGAUGAAAUAGGAGAUGACUACGAUGAGUUCUUAAGUCUAGUGCGAGAUGUUGAUCUGGCGAAGGCAGUCUCAGAAAGGUGUUCGAGUUAUAGGACAAGAUUAAAAGAGACAGAAAAUUGUUAA